GGAACAGCCUACACCUCCUAUAUCAAGCGCAACCGUGCAGACACGUCCUUGACGGAUUGCCUUGCAGCUCCUUCACGAUCUCCGAUCUCUUCCUAGACCUCAUCAUUCUUCCCUCGCAUCCUGUGUUAUCAUUCCCUCUUGAUCAUUCUUAGUAUCCAUUCAUCUUUCAUUCUUCACGCUCCACAUCAUUCUGAGUGCAAGGGGACGCAUCCCUGCGCUGAAGGUGUGAUGUUGCCCGGGCUGGCGAGAGAUUCCCCGGCGUAUUCUCACCAGGCUGGAUCGGCCUCGCAUGGAAACGGUUCUUCGGUUUCUCUCACGUCCAGUAGACUUCACCUAGUCACACACUAAUAAUCUGCAUCAAUGAGUACAAAUAACAAAGAUACCCCCCUGGCUAAAGAAGAGCACAUACGCCAAUCAGUAUAUUCGCACCUUUUCAAUAAAUCUAUAUCAAAGACACGUUUUUAAAAGGUUGAAUUUAAAUUACGUUUAGAUAUGCUUCUGGUGAACUGCCUUGAUGAUUAGAAUCAUCACGGCAGUGCAGAUUUUUUUAAUGUGAAGUUUCUGGAAUGAGAACAGCGUUUCGGUGUCAGGCGAGCAUCUCAAGUUCUUCACACCUCCUGGAUCUACGUAGGUGCGAUUCCUGAGGCCCAUUAUUGUACGAUGAGGACUCCAUUUUAGUUUUAUUUCUAGCAAUCUACGUUGACCAAAACCCUCACCGUCGAUUCUUUUCAAACGCAAAUACCAUUGUACUAACACGCCAGGCAAAAUAGUAACUACACCAACAACCUUUGUGCGUAUGCAGCCAGAUUAAGCGCUAUUCUCCGCAUUCUUUGGGGUAUUUCUCGCCUCAUCCUCCCCGGCGAAAUGAAGAACGCCAGUCUGUUAUUACUGACUAUCUGGUCUGUGUUUGGGGCUUACUUGGGUCUGCUGCUGACCAGCGUAGGGACCUUCACCAACCAGUGGGUGUUCACCUCGGAGGAGAGACAUCUUGACUUCCACAACGGCACACUAAGAAUCACCAUGGACAUGUACUCAGGCCUGUUGGAGUCGUGCAGGAUAGGAGUCACAUACAGAUGGGACUUGAAAGAUGCUUGGAGGCAAGUGGAAAGUAACGCAACACAGGAAAUCCUGCCAAGACCAGGCUCUCCCGCUUGCGUGAAAAUCCGAAGCGUCCUUCCUGCCCCUGGUUCACCGCCCAAGGAUAUUACUUCGGCUGCAUUAGCCAAGAUCAACUCAGUGUGGCCCUUCCCCGUCAUCAGCUUCCUUCUUCUCAUCGUCUCGUCGGUUCUCAGCACGUUAGGUCUCUGCAUACCGACCAAGAGGGCCUUUACGUUCUUCGCUGGUGUGGUUUGCGUUGUGGCCGGUUUAUUUGUCCUGACGGGGAUUGUGUGUUAUAUCAUCGCCGUAGGGGAUGCAGUUAUUGAGAAGCAUCCGCCCUUACCAGACAAGGUAUUCAAGUACGGCUACGGUUACUCUUUCUGUUUCUGUGCCAUCUCCUUCCUUGUGACCGAGGCCACGGGCGUAGCAUCACUGUACCUGUUCAUCAAGCAGGAGACCUACGCCUUGCGCAGCGAGAAGGAGCGGUUUCGACACCGGCUCACCGCCUCUGGCUCCGGUACGUCGGUAGCCACGGGAAGCACCCAGACCAUCCCGCCCAAAGUGACCGUCGAGACAACCACAGACGUGUGGCUGUAGUAGGGUAGUCAUUGGAUGAUAUGGAAUUAAGAUCCAGCAUGGCUGUGCAAGCCUCUGCGGUGACAAGGCCAAAGUUAUAAUUUGGGCAAAUGUAAGGCAACGCCCAAGCGUCAGCGAGCUUGUUGAAUCCUGUUAUUCUUCCAGCUGCAUUUCACCUAAGGUUAUCUAAGACUUGUCUGAGAUCACAUAUAAUUAUAAAAGUACUUUUGUUGGAUCAGACUGUAGCAACUUAGAAGAGACAGUAGAGACAGGUACUAACACAACUGUUUUAUUUAAAAAGAAUGGCUGCGACCCUUGGUCUUCAUCUCCAGUCCGUAUCAAACCUGCAUACAUAUUAUAGUCACUGUUUUAUGCGUUCAUUUGUAUAUAAAUUCUUCGCUGAAUUUGUAGCCAUACUGGAAGGUUGAACCUACUGAAACAUAAUUUUCAUAGCCUGCGAAUCCAGUCGUAGUUGAUAUUGUCACUGAAUAUGCAUGUCUAUAGAACAGCGCUGCAAUCCACACAAACUGACGAGUUCCCCUUAGGUAACGUCUUCCAGUUUAUAACCAACGGAAACGAAAUUAAGAAACCUUCAGCCCAUUCUAUCCCAAACCACUUCUUUCAUAUUUAGUGUUCUCUCAGUUAUUCGGGCGGCAAAACAUCUACGGCAGAUUGUAUCUAUCAAAUAAUCGAAAACUAUAUAAAAUUGUCUACAAUUCAAUGCUCAUAAAUGUCAAGGUUUUUAAAAAGUCGACAUUAUAUAUGUAUAGGCUACACAGAUUUUGGUUUAAAGCAAUUAAAAGGUGUUGCGAAUGUCAAUUAGAAAACGAGCGAUUCACAAUAGUGCUCUUCCAAGAGUUUGCAACGAGUUGACGAAUCACAAGGCGCGAAAUCUGUCGACUCCUUCCAAACACGCAUGCGUCGACAGAUUUCUCGCGGUGUGGUUGGCCAACGCGUUGCAAACUCAUGGAGGCCCACUAUUGGGAAACGCCCAUAUUGCCUGUGAUUUUCAGCUGGCACGUUUCUGUAAUUUGAUGAGGAUCCACCCUCAAUCUUGAUCUCAGUUCUUAACUGGCGCUGAUGUUGCGGAAAAUUAAAUUUGUAUUUGUGCUAAGGCAUGGUGCACAAUUUGAACACCUUGUACAUAUACUUUGUCAACAGAUAAAACGUUGUUAGUGCUUUGUGAAUUAUAUUAUUAUGAUUUUAAAUUAAAUAGUAAGUUAUUAGAAACAGUCGGAAAAAAAUUAAAAAUGGCGGAGUGCAAUGCAGCAUGCGUAAUCAA